AUGGCUAAGUGGAGUACCAAGUUAUUGCCGCUGUUGCUGCUUGUUGCCGCUGUGGCUGCUCAGCAGGAGGAGCUCAGCUCCUCGGACUACCAGAGAACUCUGCAGCUUCGCCAGCUGAGCGCAAAAUUUUUUAGUCAUUUCCAAAAUAUUACACUGCAAGAUUUAAUGCCAGCCAAUGUUCGGUUACGCAUUCCCAGUGCGCAGGAUCUCAAGUGUGUGGCCGAACUAAAAGCUGUGACCGAAGGUUUGUCCUCCGGCAACAUUUGGGCAAUGAGAAUGCUCGAUGCUUGGGGUUCGCUGCCUUCGGGAUUACUGUAUGGUAACUACAGAGAUUUGGGCAACUAUGAUGAGUGUGUUAAAAUCGAUCACGCACUCAGCUCGAGUCAACAACUGAGGGGCAAGUAUUGCUUCGCUUCGCUCCCCGUGGCCAAGGCAUUGGGGAUGAGUUCUAUUCCGUACAACGUGAAGAUUGCUGUUUGCUUUCCCUCCUCCUGUACGGGAACACACAUGAAUAUAUUGAUCAAUCAGCUGAUCCAACGACUGCUGAAUGUGGAAUUCAGUGGACAGCUGGUCAAGGAUACAAGUUGUAAGACGGCUGAGCGUGAGCCUUUGGAUGGAUGGGCGAUUUUUACCAUAGUCAUUCUGGCAAUCCUGGGAACAGCCUUGGUUUUGGCCACGCUCUACGACUACUUUUUGUGCUCCAACCAAAAUGAAAUGCCUGCCCUGGUCAAGGUAUUUUCGGCACGCGUCAAUUCCAGAGCCCUGUUUCGUAUCGUGGACAGCAAAACCAAUCCCAAUGUCAUUGACUGUUUGCAUGGCAUUCGCUGUUUGUCACUCAUGUGGGUGGUCUUUGGACAUGACUAUAUAAUGGCCGGGAGGUCGCCGAAUGUGAAUACCGUUAACAUUUUCCAGUGGCUGCAGCAACCAUUUACUCAGCUUAUUGUACAUGGCUUCUUUUCAGUGGACAGUUUCUUCUUUCUCAGUGGCAUGCUGGUUUGCAUGAUCGCUCUGCGUAUAAUUCACAAACAGAGAGGUAAGAUGAAUGUGCCGCUGAUGUAUCUUCAUCGCUACUUGCGCCUUACGCCCAUGCUGGCUUUAUUGAUACUCGUCUGCCUGAAGCUGCAGCCACAUCUAGGCGAUGGGCCACUCUGGGGUAUUCUUAAAUUUGACAACUACUCCUCUUGUGAACGCACGUGGUUCUGGACCCUUCUAUAUGUGCAGAAUUAUGCGACCUCAGAGAUAUGCAUCGGGCAUUCCUGGUACUUGGCCGUGGAUAUGCAGCUGUACAUCCUGUCACCCAUAUUUCUGUUUGCGCUCUAUAAAUGGGGCAAAAAGGCUGCUGCUGGUAUAUUCCUGUUCAUGCUUCUGCUCUCCGCGUGCCUCUUCAGCGAAAUGGUCAUUAAAAAAUAUUCCAUGAACAUCAUAAACAAGUCUACUCCGGCUAAUUCACAAAUAAAGAUUUAUUUCGCAACACACACUCACGCCGCGCCAUGGCUGGUUGGAUUCCUUUUCGGCUACUUUUUGCACCUCAAUCGGGGCAAAUCCUUUAAACUGAAUCGCAUCAGUGUCUGGCUGGGGUGGCUGCUCUCUUUGGCCCUGCUCAUGGCUUCGCUCUUUGCGCUCUAUCCGUUCUCCCAGUCGAAUGGACCCACACUGACCAAUUUGGGUGAUGCCUUUUAUAUGACUCUUACUCGCAUAGCUUGGCCCCUGGGCCUGUGCUGGGUGGUCUUUGCCUGCAUGCAUGGCUAUGGUGGUCUAGCCAAUAGCUUCCUAUCGUCGCCCAUGUGGCAACCACUCUCCAAACUCUCCUACUGCGCCUAUAUUUGGCACAUAUUUGUAACGGAAAGCAAUUGGGGACGUAUGCGCACAAACUCCUAUUUUUCGGACUACGAUCUGAUGUUGCGGUUCUGGGCCGACUUCGGCUUCACAGUGCUGAUGGCCUACCUCAUGUAUAAUCUCGUUGAGGCUCCCUUUGGUAGUUUGGAGAGCCUUUUACUGCCUAGUGGAAGGUCCAGAUCUCCGCCUAUUGCGCCCGUUGAAGUCAAGUUGGCGGUUCCAGAGAACGUGGACUCAGCACCUCCUCUUGAGCCGAAAUUACCGGUCCCAGAGGUGGAAAUUCCUCCUACGGGGAAAACGGAAAACCAUACAAGUAGCUCGUAACUCUUAAAUAGUUCGUAAAUAUUGAUACCGAAGCUUAUUGGCUUAAGAUAAUUUUUAUUUUUUAUUUUUAUUAACACAAGCUAAAUUUAAGUAUCAUCUAAAUAUUAUUAAUUAAAUCAACGUUUUUUUUACAUA